UUUUAUUUGAAAGUUUAUUGGUAUGAAAGAGCUUCGAAUGUGAAUAAUAAAGGGAAAACAGAACAAGAAAUUAGAGAAUUGGAGGAUAAAGAAAUUGAAAAAAUGGAACGUAAUAGAAAAGCGGGAAAGGAAAUGGAAAAGGAUGGUGGAAUUAUGGAAAUGAAAGAAAAAGUAAUUCAGCGGAAAGAUAUUAUUGAAAAAGUUAAUGCGGUAAGACGCGCUUGUAGAGCAUUGGAACAUCUUAAUAAACGCAGAAGUUUUCUUGUGACUAAUUAUAUUAAAAUACAUCAAUAUGAGGAAAUGAUAAUGUAUAUUCAACAUAUAGUCUGGAGGUUUGCUAAAUGUAAACCUGAAGAAUUUAAAUUAUUAGAUGUUCGACAUAACGUCAUGAAAAAGUUAAUUCUUGGUGAUUGCAAUUAUUUGAUAAAACUUAUAUUGUUUGGAGACAAAAGUAAUAAAGAUAAUGGAAAUGAAAAAAAAGAGGAAUUCGUAAUCAGACAUAUACCAAGAAGUGUGUCUUGGCCAGGAAAAGAAUUUAUAAGAGAUGAUGACCUUCGGUUUAAUAAUGGUAGUCUAGUAUUAGAAGAUAAUGAAAGGCCAGAAAAUGAUAUGGAAUUAGCAAUUUAUCGGUACAAAGGUAAAUUGACCUUAUGACGUUGUUUAUAUCGUUGAUCAAUAACUUGAUUUUAUAUUUAUAGGUCGUGAACUUAAAGAUACUGUUGUUGUUGCUUAUCUUCUGGAGUAUUAUUCUAGUCAUGCAACAGAUUAUGCCGGUUGGAUGAGUACUGUAUCUAAGGCAUUACCUUUAUUAUUUAAAUAUAACUACG